AAGGCGAGCGUGAGGCGUGCGGGAUUCCAGAGUGGGCGCGUCCGGGGUGGCUGUGUGCACGCCGGAGGGGGGCGUGGCUGACGAGGCACUCAGCGGAAUCCUUGGAGCCGGCUGCGGCAGGCUACGAUCUCGGCAACCGGGUGGCUGUGGGAUCUUGGCCCCGGAAGCACGCCGCUCUGGCCGGUGCAGAUCCUCUGACCCUGGCGGUCUCAGGACUGCAUCUACCACAUGGCAGCCCUGUCCCCACCACCGCCUGGUCCCACGUUUGUCCUCCGAGGCACACAGUCACCUGUGAACACGCUGCAUUUCGGCCCACCAUCCCAAGCUCUGGAAAGCCCACUCCUUUUCUCGGGGUCUCAGAGUGGCCUGGUGCACAUCUGGAGCCUGCAGACCAGAAGGACAGUGGCCACCCUGAAUGGCCACGGGGGCCAGGGUGUGACCUGGUUGAAGACACUGCCCCAGGGGCACCAGCUCCUCAGCCAGGGCCGGGACCUGCGGCUGUGCCUGUGGGACUUGGCAGAGGGCAGGAAUACCAUCCUGGAUGAAGUUCAGUUGGACAGUGUGGGCUUCUGCAAGAGCUCUAUCCUGGCCAGGGGACAGCUAUGUUGGAUGCUUGCUGUGCCUGGGAAGGGCAACAGUGAGGUUCAGAUUCUGGAGAUGCCAUCCAAGACGUCAGUGUGCACCCUGAAGCCGGAGGCAGAUGCCAAGCCAGGCAUGCCCAUGUGCCUGGGGCUGUGGCAGACUAACUCCAGUCCCCGCCCACUCCUUCUGGCUGGCUAUGAGGAUGGAUCGGUAACCCUGUGGGACAUCUCAGAGCGGAAGGUGUGCAGCCGAAUCGCCUGCCAUGAAGAACCUGUCAUGGGCCUUGACUUCGACUCUCAGAAGGCCAAGGGCGUCUCAGGCUCUGCCGGGAAGGUACUAGCUGUCUGGAGUCUGGACGGCCAGCAGUCCCUGCAGGUGUGCAAGACUCAGGAACUCACCAAUCCUGGGAUUGCCGAAGUCACCAUCCGGCCAGACCACAAGCUCUUAGCCACAGCAGGCUGGGACCAUCGCAUCCGAGUCUUUCACUGGAGGACAAUGAAGCCACUGGCCGUUCUGGCCUUCCACAGUGCCUCUGUGUACUGUGUGGCCUUUGCCACUGAUGGAUUGCUUGCUGCAGGGUCCAAGGACCAGCGCAUCAGCAUCUGGUCACUCUACCCCUGCCCAUGACUCAGCUGUGGGACGCUGCUGUCUUACUCCAGUCUUGACCCGGCCCUGUGGAAAGUCCUCAGGGACCUCUGGACAGCAAGUUGUGGCCAGAGGUCUAUGGGAUCCACUUUCUUCAUAAGGUUCUCUGUUGCUUUUGUGACUUACCAUUCAGAGGACAGUACCUGAUGACAGACACCUGGCACCUGUAGCUGGGGCCUGGUAGUAUGGUCAGCCUGAACAUAUUUGACAAUAAAUUUCCCGUUGCCAACAUGGAGGCUCAAGGAGGGAACUUUCCAUAGAGAUAUCCCUGUGUUCUCCUCUUAGGAUCAGAGCAGUCGGAACCCCAAGCAGGCCCAUUAGCAACCUGAUGACAGACACCUGGCACCUGUAGCUGGGGCCUGGUAGUAUGGUCAGCCUGAACAUAUUUGACAAUAAAUUUCCCGUUGCCAACAUGGAGGCUCAAGGAGGGAACUUUCCAUAGAGAUAUCCCUGUGUUCUCCUCUUAGGAUCAGAGCAGUCGGAACCCCAAGCAGGCCCAUUAGCAGUCUUACUUUUAAGCCGGCAGUCUGGGUGCAGGUAUGCAGGGCUUGGCCCUGGGAGGCUGUUGGUCCCGCAGUGGCUGUCUGCCACAUCCCCCUGACUCAGUGUCGCAGAAAUGUCUAGGAAGCCCUGACAUACAGGACUGAGGCCGGGAUGAGGAAACUGGGCUCCAUAGAGAGGAGGGGAGGCAGGAGCGGGUUCACGGGGGGUGACCAGUGGUCAUGGAAGGAGGCACGGUGGGUUGCAGUACAAGGCCAGAAGACCCAGAAAGGAGGCCUAGCCUCUGGCGGGAGAAGAUAAAGGGGACAGGCCUCAAGCCCAGGGCAUAGCAUAGCCCUGUGGGACAUGGAGGAACAACGCCUUACUUCAGAGUGAUGUCCAAAGACACUUUGAGUAUGUGACUGACUGGCGGGCAGCCUCUGAGGUAGUGUUAACUGGGGGGACCAGACUGCAAGGGUGAGGAUGCAGCUAAGGAGUGGGGACCUCGGACCUUUCGUCUUCCAUCAAUGGCAGAAGAAUCCUGUACCCCGAAGAGCUGGAAUGCCCUGGUGCUGCCCUGUCAGGCUCUCCUGACAUUAGAGUCUCUGCCUCUGGUCUGUAACAAAACACGGCGCGUGGCUUCCAAAGCUGAAUGUGUCUGUGCCGAAAGGAUUGCACUGCCAUGGUACAGCCUGAUGUCCCCAAGCUGGGGGACAUGUGGGAGGACAGGAGUGUGUGGUCCCCAUGAGAUACAUGCCGCAAGAACUGUGGCGUUGUGUCACAGCUCCAGAGCCACAAAAAGCCCAGUUGGAUCGGUGGCAGGUUGGUUAAGCGUGGUCGAAAAGAUGUGUGUACAUGGAAAGCUAAGAAGCCCAAUUGGAGAGGAGACGGUUGGGAGGUGGGAAUGUGGCUGUCUAUAGGUGGGUUGGGAGGAUGCAUGCGCCUUUUGCCCCAUACUGAGGGAGGCAGUGUGAGAUGUUACACAGCAGCUGCAGCCCCAACCCCAACUGCAGUGGGUAUCUAAGCUGCCAGGUGUAUAAAAGGUGGCACUUGCUCACCAAGGACAGGUGGGAAUACUUCCUGUAAUAGGCUAUGAAUUGGGAGCCACUUCAGCAGAAUCUGACCUGCAGUGCUCUACAACAGGGCUGGACAUCCUGGAGUCCCUAGAGACAGGGCAGGCCAACUGAUCCACAUAGGCAGAAGCGUGUAGACCUGGUGAGCAGUCUGACCCAGUCCCCAAAGCAGCCCUUGGUCACAGGCACAGAAGAAAGACACACUGCUCAUCCCUCUCCAGACUUCCCCAGGAGACCUGACACCCUGUCCCAAGGCUCCUGUUUGUGUUACCCUGAUUAAGUUCUGACACCAAGUCCCUAAAUAUUAGGCUCUGUAGCUUCAAGCCUCUGAAAUCAGGACAAGGCCCCAAGUUUCUCAAAGUAAAAGGUGGGUUGCCUCAGCCUCCCUCUACCCUCCUCCAGAAUUUCUGAAGGAGGGGAGAAAAAAAGAAAGGACAAAUGAGAAGGAGACAGGGAGAUGUCAGCGUCUUGUGUGUUUUGGGCAGAGAGAAAAGAGCAUGCCUGCUACAGUUCAGAUGUGAAAUGUCCCCAUCAGCCUAUGUGUCUAAAUGCUUGGUCCCAGAUGGUGACUCCAGUUGGGAUGGUCAUGGCCCUAUAGGAGGGAGACUCUGGAAGAAAUGGGUCCCUGGGGUGAGUUUAUACCUCAGCCUCUGUCCUCCCUACUGCCCUCCCUGACCAGAUGCAGUGUGAUCUGCCACUCAUAAUGAACUGUGUGCCCUCGAACCAUAAGCCAAAUAAACCCUUCCUACCUUAAGUUGUUUCUA